AUGUCAAUGAUUCAACGCUCCCUCCUCCGCAUGUCUCAACAAAUGACAGCCGUCGUCGUCGACCUCCCUCUCCAACCCAGCAGCAGCGAACCAAGCACAACAAUAUUCGCCUCCCUCUCCCUACACGGCCAAGACCGCAUCCGGCUCCUCCAGUUCCCCGACGACAUCGUCAGCGAUAUUCGGCACAUCAUCUCUUCAGCUUGGUCGUUCGGCAUCACCUCCAGUGGCCCGUACGGUGAAGAAGCCUACCAGUAUGUACUCAAGGGGAGGCCGUUCGGAGGCCACCACUUCCUCACCUCGCACGAUAAAACCGAAGCCGUCCAAGCCAGACGGCCCAUCCGCGACAUCCUGGCCUUUUUGUACAGUCGCUCCUGGCAGCUCGUUUGUCCAUUCAACGGGAGUAUUCAUGCUAGCGCAAAGGAUGAGCUCAUCUUCCGUCGUCUUUCUCCUUCGAACGAAGCACCUCCUCCUCCGCCGCCGGUUGAAUGGUUAGCUCUGGGCUUUCUGUCUGACAGCCGGAUACGAGUUAUCUAUGAUGUUGAGAAAUCAAUCGAUGGUGGUGUCGACGAUAAUACCUGCAGGGACGCCGCCGACUUGGACUACAUCGGGACUGUCAUUGCUAAGAUGAGGGACAUGUUUCAGUCAUUGGACAUGUUCGAAAAGGGGGAGUGGGAUAAUGAUUGCUUUGAGUUCCGGUUGAAGCAUCGCCCGUUUUUACAGCGCGGCGUGGAGGGGAAUAAGGUCCGGCUUAUGAACUCGAGGCUUGUUGAGCUGCUUGAUGGGCUGGGGUGGAAAUCGCACGCGACCAUCUGUCAGAACUCGGGAGGUGAUGAGUGUGGGAUGAUGGAUACUUGGUAUUUUGUUAAGGAGAAAGGGUCCGGUGUGAGGUGA